UGGACUUCUGUCGCAGUCAUCAUCAGGAUCACGGUCUCUCUCUCACUAUCUUUCUCUUUGCGUAACUUUGUGACUUUCUCUCUCUAGGAUUUCCAAACCCUAGCCCUUCCAAUUCAACAUCAAAAUGGGUUCCGAAGGAUCCAGUGUCGUUGUUCCUAGGAAUUUCAGAUUAUUGGAAGAGCUUGAAAGAGGUGAAAAGGGAAUCGGAGAUGGAACUGUGAGCUAUGGAAUGGAUGAUGCUGAUGAUAUAUACAUGCAGUCAUGGACUGGAACUAUUAUUGGCCCUCCUGGUACCGUUCAUGAAGGGCGUAUCUACCAGUUGAAAUUGUUUUGUGGCAAGGAUUAUCCAGAAAGUCCACCAUCUGUUAGAUUUCAGACAAGGAUUAACAUGACUUGCGUCAACCAAGAAACUGGAGUGGUUGAGCCACAUUUGUUUCCCAUGCUUGCUAAUUGGCAAAGAGAGUGUACAAUGGAAGACAUUUUAAUGCAAUUGAAGAAAGAAAUGACGUCUCCACAAAACCGGAAGCUAGCUCAGCCUCUUGAAGGCAACGAAGAUGGCAGGAUUGACCAAAAGGGGAUGGUGCUGAGAUGUUGUAUCGUGUAAUUCAGGUGAGAAUCCAAGAAUAAUAAUGUAAAUAAUUAUAUUGAAUAGAUAAUCCCAGUUCAUGGGUUAAUGCAUUUAUAAAUGUAAUUAUGGAUCAUUUGCGUAUGUAACCUGGAGCAAUCAAUGAGCGACUAUCGUAUCCUUGAAAUUUUAUUUUGAAUUGUGUGGAAACUGCUUUUACGGCGGAUUCUAAUUUGGCAGUUGGAACCUUUUAUCUUUGCUUUUUAAUGUUUUCAUCUGUGUAGGUGUGAGCACUGAGCAGUGUGCAUACUUUCAUCCUGAAAUUGUAGGAUAACAUUCAAUUUGUCAUUAAAUUGUUUUCUCAACUUCAAUUCUAAAAUGAAAAAUGACAGGUUAUGUUA